CUGAAACAUGUGCGUAUGGGAAAAUUUAGAAACAGACCCACUUCUCUUUCGAGCUUCGCAAUUUUCGUCUACUGAAUCUUUUGUUACAGACUCUACUGAUUAUUCCAUUUAAAGUAGACACUGAAAAUGACAUCGGAAGAAGAUUUCCCGAGAGGUGGGUCUUUGAGAAAGGCACCGCCAAGCGGCCGGUCUGCGAAAGCCAAGCACAAGAAGGAAAUACCUGAUUUAUUCAAAGUUACGUCAACUGAAACAGAAAAACCUGGAAAGAAGAGAAAGCGUAGGGAUGAGGAUGGAGUGAAACGAAAGAAACGUAAGAUGGUGGAAGUGGGUGGCAUUGAUGUGACAAAAACAGCCGAGUCGCAGAUACAGGAAUUGUCAUUUAGGAUGAUUGGCGAAGGCAUGCGAGUCCUAGGUCGCGUCAGAGCAAUCAGAGAGUACGAUAUGGACGUCGGCCUCCCUAACGGAUUGAUGGGGACUGUCCCCUUGACUGGAAUAUGCCAAACUUAUACAAAACAGCUGCAGGCACUAGCUAGCGAAGAUGAAGAGUUGGUGGAGGGCGUGCAUGGUUUAAAUGAGCUGUUUCAUGUUGGUGAUGUUGUCCGGUGUAUUGUGACUGCCGUUGUGAACAGGAAGAAGGAGAGGGAUCUGAUUCAGCUGUCGCUCGAUCCCAACCUUGUCAACCAGAAUGUUCAGACGAAAGCAUUGUCCGGUGACAUGGUGUUGUGCGGUUGUGUUGAGAGUGUUGAGGACCAUGGUUAUACUGUAGAUAUAGGCAUCAAGGGGUUAAAGGCGUUCUUAUCCUCAAAGGGUGCUGCUACAUACAUCAGAUCCAAAAAUCAAGGGAAACCGUUAUUCAUUGGGCAGUAUUUACAAUGCGUUCUCAAGAAUUACAGUGCAUUGGAGCUGAAGUCUGGCGAGACGAGAGUUGUUGGAAUUGGUGUUGACAUCAAGGCUGUUGGUGAAGCUGUGGUAUCCCCAGCUGAAGGUCGCGAGUUCCAAAGUCUUGUACCGGGGAUGAAAGUUGCCGCCACAGUAUCCAAGUCUACGCCUGCAGGACUACUUGUCAAGUUUCUCGGAAGAUAUAAAGGUUAUGUCGAAAAGAGGCACUUACCGGGGAGCCCGAUGAUGUAUGAAAAAUCACAGCAGGUAACUGCAUGCAUCCUGUAUGUCCAGCCGAUAAGCAAAGCAGUGUCGCUGUCGCUCCUGCCACACCUCUGCCAGGGGGCGUCACCCGAGUUUGAUCAACAUACUGCGUACAAGGUUGGUGACGUCAUUGAGGAAGCGACGGUCAAGACGAUUGAGAAUAAGCGAGGGGCGUGGCUCAAGUUGGAGAACAAUAUCAAAGGAUUCGUCUCGAUAAAACAAGUGAGUGAUGCCGAGACGAAAGAUGUCGCCAAAUACGUCAAGAAAGGAUCGGCCAUCAAAUGUCGCAUCACAGGUUACGAUCUUAUGGACAAUGUUGCCAUAGUAACCAUGAAACCAAGCAUUUUAAACCAGAAAUAUGUCAGUCUUAAUGACAUUGUUCCAGGGUCUUUGGUUGAGUGCACUGUGAAGAAACUAGUCAAGUUUGGUGUAGUCGUCAAGGUGACCAAUCAGAUUCGAGGCUUCAUUCCCAGCAUGCACCUUGCAGAAGUGAUGCUGAAACACCCCGAGAAGAAGUUUACCGAGGGCAAGGAAUUGAAAUGUAGGGUUCUGUCUGUUUUAUCUGAAGACAACAAGCUGAUUCUGACAAACAAAAAAUCCCUUAUCCAAACUGAGUUGCCGGUUCUUACAAGUUUUGACCAACUGGAACAGGGGCUGACCGUAGAAGGGUAUAUUGUGAAGGUGAUGUCUGCUGGAGUUGUGGUGGCAUUCUACAAUGGAGUCAAGGGUUUUGUGCCAAAGAGGGAGUUGAGCUUUGAGAAGAUUGACUAUCCCGAGAAAGUGUUCUAUUCCGGACAGGUGGUGAAAUCUCGAAUACUCAACUGGAAUGCUGAGGAUGAACGAAUAACCCUAUCUUUUAAGCUUGGAGUUGAAGACAUCACACAGUCCAGCAAACUUCGGCAAAUGAAAGGCGCCGAGAAGAUAGAAAUCGGCCAGAUUGUCGACUGCGAGGUGAAAGGGAGGAGCGACUCAGGGCUGGAUGUGUACAUAGAAGACUUGAAGAUCAAGGCGUUCAUCUCCAAGAAGCACUUGUCCGAUUUCCAGGAGAACUGCCACCUGCUUCUCAACACGUAUUCUGUUGGUGAGGUGAUCAAAGAUGCCAUGUGUCUGUCCAAGUCUGGGAGUGUUAGUUUGACGUUGAAACAUUCAUUGGUAUCAGCCAGCCAGGAGGGAAUCCUACCGAAGACUUUUGCUGAUUUGCAGCUUGGAUUGAUGUUCCCUGGUAUAGUGAAAAACACAAUGCCAUAUGGAAUAUUUGUCGAUCUACUCGGUAAUAUUUCAGGAUUGGUUCCAAAUUGGUACCUCGGUGAUGACAGGCUACCAGAAGGAACGCCACCACCAUUCCAACGACAGCAGACGCUGGUGACGAAAGUGAUUGAAGUCGAUCAUGAAAAGAAACGCUGCCUCCUGAGCUCGCGGAUGUUUGAUUGUUACCAUGGUGACACGGAUGUUGGUAUUGAGCUGCUGAGUAAAUUCCUAGAGGAAAGAAAGAAAAUAGUUGAUACAUUUCAGAAUGCUCAAAAGAAGAAAAAAAAGAAGCCCAAGUUUGGUGGUCUGAAAGUGGGUGAGCUGUGCACGGCGACUGUCACCAAGAUGACCGACCAUGGCGCCAUCUGUCAACUGGAGCGUGGAGCUAGUGGAAUAGUCACGCUACAACAUCUCAAAGAUACGGACUGCAAGCCAGGUGACAGAGUGGAAGCACUCAUCCUAUACAUUGAUACUGUGGCAAAGUGUGUCGAGCUCUCCAUCAAUCCUGGACUCAUCAAGGCCAUCAGGCAUAGGAAGGAAAACAAAUUUACUGCGAUCCGUGAGCGCCAGGAAUUGCAGACAGAAGUUGUCCUUGUCAAGGAUGAGUUUGUACUGGUGAUGUUGAAGGCUCAUGGUGCGGGAAAACUAGCCUAUCUACCAGCCAAAAGACACCUGAAUGAUGUGUUUGAGAAACCUCAAUUUGAAGUCAGCCAGAUCAACCGAGUCAUUAUCAAAAGAGUUGAAGAGGACAUGAUCCUGGCCAGCUGGUACAUGCAUGAGGAGGCACUACAGAAACGAAAUUUGAAGAACUCCUUAUCGGCACCGUCAAAAGUUGACCGACAUGACCUCAAGCUUGGUGACGUUGUCACUGGCAGAAUCAAUGAGGUCUUACCCUUCCAACUGAACAUACGUAUCGUAAGAACUCCAGCAAGAGUGUUCGUCUCGGAAGCAAGCGACGAUGUUAUUAUGGAUGGUGCUACUCCUCUUUCUGGGUUCAAGGUCAAUCAGGAGGUCAAGGUCAAAAUCAUUGGAUUCAGAGAUGUGAAGACACAGAAGAGGGUCCAGUCCCUGUCAGCUCUCAAGUUUAAGAAAUCCAUACCAGAAUGUACAUUAAAGAAAAGUAAACUUCAAGAGAUAGGUUCUCAGCUCAGUGAUGCCAUACCAAAGAAAUUCGAAGUGGGUGAUGUUGUUCCAGCUUUUUUCCAGCAUUUUGAUGGUAACUGCCUGUGGAUGAGGAUCACACCUGAAUGCAGAGGGCGAGUGUACAUCCUCAACGCAUCCUCAGACUUGGACAUCCUGAAUAAUCCUCCUAGCCAUUUUGAAAUAGGCCAUGGUUAUAAUGCUACUGUGAUCAAGGCUAAAGGAGAAUCAUUGGAAUUGUCUCUUGUUUCCAAUUACGAAGUUGUACCCGGUGCUGUAGUGAACAGUUGGAUCACAGAUGUCAAACCGUCACAUCUCCGACUCCAGCUUCCUGGAAGUCACUGGGGCAAUGUUGCCAUCACGGAUCUCGAUGACGCCUACUCUGAGAAACCGCUGGAGAACUACAAAGUCGACCAGUUUGUCAAGUGUUACAUCAAGACGUGCACCGAUGAUAGAUAUUGUACUCUCUCACUUAGGAAAUCGAGGGUUGAGUCAUCAUCUAAAGUCAAGGAUGUGGAGAUCAAGAGUUUGAGUGAUUUGCACCCCGGUACCGUCCUUAGGGGUUUCAUCAGGAGCUGCACUUCCAAGGGAGCAUUUGUGAGUUUGGCUGCUGAUGUCGUAGGUCACGUAGACGCACCAUAUCUCUCCGAGUGGUACUUCAUCGAUCUAUCGAAGGUCUUCUACACUGGAAAAGUUGUCACUGCCAAAGUCCUCAGUAUCAACGCAGAUGAGCGUAAGGUGACCUUGUCCUUGCUAGAGAAGGACACUGGAGUCGCAGAGUCAAUCGAUGAGGUAUACAAGAUAACCAAAAGAAAGGCAACUUCAAAGAAACGGAAAAUCGCCAACCAAGAUGAUGCGGCUAAACGGCUGAAACUCGCACAUGAUUCGGAUAGCGGUAUUGAUGAUCAGAAAGAUGAUGUUGGCGUGGAUUCUGAAUCCGAAGAUGAGGUGACUGAGAAGACGACGAAGUCGCGGUUGAAUCUGUCCUCGGGUUUCACCUGGGAUAAUUCCUUCAGUUUGCCGACGGUGACGUCUGGGAGAAAGGAGGAGAGCUCCGAUGAUGAAUCGGACGUGGAGCCGGAGAAAAUGGCGGUGAAGAAAACGAAGGAGGUGAAACGGGCCGAGAGGAGGGCAGAGGAAAAGAAACUUUACGAGACUGAAAAUCUUUACCUUGACAAUGAGCGUUUGCCUGAAACAGUGGAGGAUUUCGACCGACUGUGUGUCCAGUCUCCAGACAGCUCCCUAGUUUGGCUGCGUUAUAUGGCAUUCCACUUAGAGACCGCGGAGAUUGAAAAGGCACGUGCUGUGGCCGAGAGGGCGCUCAAGUGCAUUUCAUUCAGGGAAGAGCAGGAAAAGUUGAACGUCUGGGUCGGGUAUCUGAAUCUUGAGAAUAUGUACGGCACGGCAGAGACAUUGCAGACGUUGUUUCAGAGAGCCAUCCAGCACAACGAUCCUUUGAAGGUCUACCAACAGCUCAUAGCAAUUUAUGAGAAGUCCGAGAAAAUUGAGGCAGCAGAACAAUCGUACCACACCAUGGUGAAGAGGUUCAGCUUGAGGACGGACGUCUGGGUCAACUUCGGUCUAUUCUACUUCAGGAACAAUAAGCUCGAGUCGGCCAGAAAACUCAUGCAGAGAGCUUUAGCAAGUUUGAAGAGUCUCGAGAAGAAACAUCAUGUUGAGAUCAUAGCCAAGUUUGCGCAGAUGGAAUUCAAACUCGGUGAACCAGAGAGGGGCACGACCAUGUUUGAGAAUAUCCUGAGUAACUAUCCGAAGCGGACAGAUCUCUGGUCUGUUUACAUUGAUAUGUUGACAAAGAAAGGAGAUACUGAUGCAGUGAGGGCCGUGUUCGAGAGAGUCAUCAACCUGAGCGUUUCGGCUAAACGAAUGAAGUUCUUCUUCAAGAAAUACUUAGACUUUGAGAAGAAAUUUGGAACUGAGGAAUCAGUGGCUGAAGUGAAGCAAAAGGCAUUGGAAUAUGUAGAAACUAAGGCAACGGAGUUGGAUUUAUGAAAAUUGUACAUGUAAUUUCAUAGUUGAAGUGGACACUUCAAGAACUCUGUUACCAACAUUUGUGAGUGUUGGCCUAUAGCACUGUAAUAUGUCAUAUGUAAAUUUAGAAUGAAUAAAGAACUAAAUUCUACAUUUUAAAUCUGUUUCUUUUUUCUACUGCAUUCUCCAUCUUAGAUGGAUAGUCCUGUCUUGAUGAUGAGUGCUGUUGUCUGCCGUAAUUCGUCAUGGUCACCGCAGAACUGGCCCCGAGGCAUGUUUCAGAUGGUCAGAACUCCCUCAGGCCUGCUAGUUCGGGGCAUUUUGUCAGGAUUUUGACAGUCAUUGGCUUGGUGUGUCAGGUGCCGACGUUGUGCUUUCCUUCUUCACCUAAAUGCUGUCAUUUUUGCUGUCCUGACUGCAGAGGUCGAACAACAUGGAGCAGGUUACCAGUGAGGUAGCCAGGGUUGUUCCUCCUCUUGUAGCGAAAUGUGAAAUGUUAGAACAUUGAAAUAUCUUGGAC